GCUCCCACCCAGCUCCCUGUCUAUGACUAUCACUAAAAUGCAGCUUAGCCAGUGAUCACGCUGCGAGGGGCCUCGAUCACUCCGGGCCUGUCCUCCUGCACAGACCCUGCAGCUGGAGGCGCCGCCAGGAGCAUGAGCGUGGGAAGGCUCAACCGCUACAGCAUUGUGUCAUCAGAGGAAGAGGGCCUCCGCCUCACUACCAUGCAUGGUAUGAACGGCUUUGGCAAUGGCAAGAUCCACACACGCCGCAAGUGCCGCAACCGCUUUGUCAAAAAGAAUGGCCAGUGCAACGUGCAGUUUGCCAACAUGGAAGAUAAGUCGCAGCGCUACAUGGCCGACAUCUUCACCACGUGCGUCGAUAUUCGCUGGCGAUGGAUGCUGAUAGUCUUCACUCUAGUGUUUGUUGUCUCCUGGCUGGCCUUCGGCUUAGCCUUUUGGGUCAUUGCCUUGCUGCAUGGAGAUCUGGAUAACCCCGCCGGAGAUGACAACUUCACUCCAUGCGUCCUUCAGGUCAAUGGAUUUGUGGCUGCCUUUCUAUUCUCCAUUGAAACACAGUCUACCAUAGGUUACGGCUACCGCUGUGUGACUGAAGAGUGCCCUAUUGCUGUCUUCAUGGUGGUCUUCCAGUCCAUAGUGGGCUGCAUCAUUGACUGCUUUAUGAUCGGCGCCAUCAUGGCCAAGAUGGCGAGGCCUAAGAAGCGAGCACAAACACUGUUGUUUAGCCACAAUGCUGUCAUUGCCAUGCGGGAUGGAAAGCUGUGUCUCAUGUGGAGGGUAGGGAACCUUCGCAAGAGCCACAUUGUAGAGGCCCAUGUUAGGGCGCAGCUCAUCAAACCUCGGAUCACUGAUGAGGGGGAAUAUAUUCCACUAGACCAGAUAGACAUUGACGUAGGCUUUGAUAAAGGCCUGGACAGGAUUUUCUUGGUUUCACCCAUCACUAUUCUCCAUGAGAUAGAUGAGGAGAGCCCCCUAUUUGGGAUCAGCAAACAGGACUUGGAGACGGCGGACUUUGAGAUUGUCGUGAUCUUGGAGGGGAUGGUUGAAGCGACCGCCAUGACCACACAGGCUCGCAGCUCUUACUUGUCCACUGAGGUCCUUUGGGGUCACCGUUUCGAGCCAGUCUUGUUCGAGGAGAAGAACGUGUACAAGGUGGAUUACUCUCACUUUCACAAAACCUACGAGGUGCCGUCCACCCCCCGCUGCAGUGCCAAGGAAAUGGUGGAGAACAAGUUCUUAGUACCCAGCUCUAACUCCUUCUGCUAUGAAAAUGAGCUGGCCUUCCUAAGCCGCGAGGAGGAAGAGGAGGAUGUAGGUGGUGGUAGCAGGGCACUGGCAAGCCUCAGUCCAGACCGGAACAGCCGACACGAGUUUGAACGCUUACAGGCCACCAGGGCGCUGGAUCAAAGGUCAUAUCGUAGAGAGUCGGAAAUAUGACCUCUACCCAUUGACCCUUGGUCAACUUUCAAUAACUUUAUCCAAGGGUAAAAAUGCAGAACAAUGCAAAGUGCCAUAGGAAAAGCUGACUACUGUGAAAGAUUGGAAAAGAAAAUAAGACAGCAGUAAAAGGGACUUAACUGGAAGGAAUGGGGAAAAGCAGCUUAGAAAAUUGUGGUAAGGAAUGUCUACAAUCAAGGAAAAAGCUAGGGAAAGACCUUCUUCCUGAAUGGAAACUUGAAUCUUUUUUCACAUGGUCAUUUUGAGUUCAGAGUGUUCAAUGAUAGUGCAUACUAUUAUGACAGAACCGUAUAAUCAAAUCUUAGGUGUAAAUACAUUGCUUAGGUAAGUUAUGUUUUGUGUGCAGUAUCAGUUUCCAAAAACACCUCUGAAAAAAAAUAGAAUUUGCUAUUUCAACUUGUUCUUGGGCACAAAUAAUAGUGUUACAAGGCUUCUCUUAAGCUUUCCUCGCAUUGCUGCAAUUUGCUGGACCUGCGUUCAGUGACACAUUGAAAAUGCGUGCACUGCAGCAUUCAGAUGCAAUGAGCCGUGAUAAACCAUCUGACCGUGAGCCAUUGAGAACAACAUAAUACACACCUUCAUUUUAGUAUUGGUGUGAUCCCAAAAAUGUAGGCAGAGUAUGCUAAAUUGAUUGCACUAUGAGGAACAUAAAGGAAUAUGUGGAACAGAAAUGAAAUUGUAUAGAGAAACCCUCGAUUUAUAAUCUCUUAUAUUUUAACCUUAUCUUAAAAACAAACAUCUUACAAGCCACCAACUUCAUGAUUUGGCUGCACUGGCCUACCCAUAUCAGGUCAUGUACAAAUAUUGAUAAGUAGUCAGGUAAAACUAAACUAAAGCACAAAUGGUGGAGAGCUAUCUAAAAAACAAAAAACAUUUUGUAGUUUCACAAAAUUUCCUUUUUUUGCAAAUUACAGGUUGCAAUAUCCAAGUUUGUAUUAAUGAAAUUAAUAACUGAAUGGCAGCAACCCCACAAAGAAAUGCACCUUAAAGUGUACCUACUUUCACAACUUGAAAAAUCUAAUAAACUAAGUAUAGCAUCUUUAUGCUGGUAGUCUUUAACAAGUUUUCUUCCAUUUCAUAUGAAAAUUCAGACCAUAACAAACAUAAAUUGAUCACACUUAAUAUUUUUGUCCUAUUUAAAAAAUAAUCUAUGCAUAUUGUUAAAAGUAUCAGGGGACAGGAAUCCUAAUGAGUUCUGUGUGAGAUGAAAUUAUGUUAAAACAUUGCUUUAAUCAAUUCCUAAUGUUUAGUAUGAAAUAAAAAAAAAUGCAUAAACUCAAUUUCUAAGAGUAGCUGUAAUGUUUGUCCAAUCUAUUUGACAACAGUUACAUUAAAUUGACAGACAAAAUUUCACAUAUCGCUAAAACCUUUAAAAUAUAC